AUGCUACUCGACCAAGCAGCCAUAAAAAGCCAUCAUGGAGACUUCUCCGAGUGGGUCUGGCGUGGUGACUUCUGGCAGCCGACUGUAACAAGGUACGCCAAGUGGAGCACGUCGUUCCCCUUCUGCGAACUCCGUACAACGACGCGCGCUGCUCGACCCCAACCAGUCAGGACGUGCGUGCUGCCCGACCCAGGGUACUUCCUGCUCCCGGCCCUGCAGCUAUCCCCCAAGCCAACCCAUUCUUUCCGCCUUACUCUACAUCCGCCUCCCACGUCUUUUGCCAUUGCCACCAUCACCAUCACUUUCUUCAUCCCGUUGCUCUUCUUCGUCUCUACUGUCAAGUCUGGCCUGCUCGAUCUAUAUUUAUCUUAUCUUGAUCUUAUCUCGAUAUUUCUGCCAGUGUGGGUCCACCAACUUUAA